AUGGUACCAAAGACAUCAGGUGACUGGCGCCCCUGUGGUGACUACAGGGUACUUACGAAACUUACCGUCCAGGAUGAAUAUCCCAUUCCACACAUUCAGGACUUGACCCUAUCUCCAGCUGAUGGUAUACUCAUCGCCAAGUCUUCUGACGAGGAUCAUCUUCAUCACCUAGACGCUCACCUACAAAGCUUAACACAGCAUGGGGUUACUGUCAACCCUGAUAAAUACGGGCUCGGCCAAAGCUCUAUCGACUUUCUUGGCCCCUGCAUUUCCGCCUCUGGUAUCGAUGCUCCGCCAGAAAAUAUCCAGGCACAGAAGGAAUAUUCUGCUGCCAGUUCCUUCAAACAGUUACACCGAUUCCUUGGUUUGGUCAGCUAUUAUAUGCGCUUUAUUCCUAAAUGCGCGUGCAUUGUUCAACCAAUGACUGAUUUGCUCCGCGGUAAACGACGGUCUUUUCGUUUCGCAGACGACGCCAAAAUGUGUUUUGAGAAGGUCAAAUACACUAUCUCCAACAUAGCGCCCCUCGCCAUUCCAGACACAUUUGCACCAAUCUCCCUGACAACUGACGCAUCCGACACUGCUGUCGGUGCAGUUCUUCAACAACUCAACGACCAUCGAUGGAUACUUCUAGUUUUCUUCUCGAAACGUUUGAAACCUGCCGAAUCACGUUACGGCACAUUCGGUAGGGAAGUGUUAGCUAUCUACCUAGGUAUCAAACUUUUCUGUCACUAUCUCGAAGGUAGACAUUUUACAGUCUUCACUGACUACAGGCCUUUGAUCUACGCAAUCAAUGACACAACAAUCGGGUUUUCUCCGUGGGAAAUUAGACACCGUGACUACAUUUAUCAGUUUGCGACAGACGUACGACAUGUCUCAGGUGUUGUUAAUCCCGUCGCGGAUGCGCUUUCACUUAUUCAGCAGAUUAACUUAUCGCCUUGCACCAACCUUGACCUAGCCGCUAUGGCUGAAACCCAACAAUCUGAUCAAGACAUAGACAAGCUGCGACACAACACCUCGUUGAAACUAGGCGAAGUUCCACUAACUUCAUUUAAGAAGACCAUGCUUUGUGACGUUUCACAAACUUCUCCCUGA